GCACGACGCUACCCCGACGGACAGCGGCGGUCCCCGCACAGGCGCUCCGCAGCGAUCCUGUGUCCUGGGAUUCCCCCAUCCCAGCCUCCGGAUCACGUCCACGGGACUACAUGGGACUACACUGGCCUCCGAGCUAAAAAGGCUCCAGAACUGGGAGAGCCGGGCCGACAGGGCUGGGCCCCUCCCCGAGCGAGCGCCUGCCUGCAGCUCGGAGUCCACCGGGCUCAAAGGUCUGGGAAAUCUCAGAGCGAUUGUGUCUCCAGCGCUGGCCUGGGGGCCCGAGGAGGGACAGAGGCCAAGCCGGGGCCAAAGGGAAGCCAGCUGGCCCAGGUAUGGCGCUCACUGUGGAUGUGGUGGGGCCGGCGCCCUGGGGCUUCCGCAUCACCGGGGGCAGGGAUUUCCACACGCCCAUCAUGGUGACCAAGGUAAAUGCCAGGGGCAAGGCUGAGGCCGCUGACCUCCGGCCCGGGGACGUCAUUGUGGCCAUCAAUGGGGAGAGUGCAGCGGGGAUGCUUCAUGCUGAGGCCCAGAGCAAGAUCCGCCAGAGCACAUCACCCCUGCGACUGCAGCUGGACAGGUCCCGGGCUGCCUCUCCUGGGCAGAGCAAUGGCGACGGCUCCUUGGAAGUGCUGGCCACUCGCUUCCAGGGCUCCCUGAGGACACGCCCCGACAGCCAGUCCUCCCUGUGGUCCUCCUACUCCAGCCCCACCUCCCUCAGCCCCCGGCCGUGCAGCCCCUUCACCCCGCCCCCCAGCAGCCCACUGGGGCUAGUGGGAGAGGCACCGAUUGGCCACAGCUUCCAGAGCCUGACCCACUCGGCUGCCUUCCCUGGAGCUGCUGCGGACCGCUUGUCCUGCCUGUCCCCCGGGAGCCGCCCCGCAGGACGCCAGGCGGGCCUGGGCCGCGCGGGCGACUCAGCUGUGCGGGUGCUUCCCCCACGGUGCUCCAGCCCUAGGUUCAGCAGCGCGGACUCAGAAGCCGGCAGCCUCGUGCUGGAAGAGGACUCGGAGGUGUUCAAGAUGCUGCAGGAAAACCGCGAGGGCCGGGUGGCCCCACGCCAGUCUAGCUCCUUUCGGCUCCUACAGGAAGCGCUGGAGGCCGAGGAGAGAGGUGGCACGCCGGCCUUCGUGCCCAGCUCGCUGAGCCCCCAGUCCUCCCUGCCCACGUCCAGGGCCCUGGCCACCCCGCCUAAGCUCCACACCUGCGAGAAGUGCAACACCAGCAUCGCGAACCAGGCUGUGCGCAUCCAGGAGGGCCGGUACCGCCACCCUGGCUGCUACACCUGUGCAGACUGUGGGCUGAACCUGAAGAUGCGUGGCCACUUCUGGGUGGGCGAAGAGCUGUACUGUGAGAAGCACGCCCGCCAGCGCUACUCGGCUCCCUCCUCCCUCAGCUCCCAGGCCUGAGCCUGGGGCACCCUCGGUCUCCGCCCUGUGGAGGGCAAGUUGUCAGGGAAGGGGCAAUGGUGGGGGUGGCUCUUCCAUGAACUAAGUUUGGGGACACAAGGCCCCUUCGUCCUCGCUGGAUGAGGCCAAGGACUGGAACCCUUCUGGGGCUUCAGGCACCGGAGUAGUCCCACCUCCCAGCCUUUCCCCUGUACAACAGGCUGUGCCACAGGCUGAAGUGGCUGCCAUGUUUGAUACCUUUGUGUACAAGGUGGGACAGAGACAGAAGGAUUUAGAAGGAGAGGGGUGGGCCAGAGGCCAGCGGUAUUCACUGUGCAAGAUGUUGGACAUGAGUUCUAUAAAUAUAUGUAUAUGCGUGCACACAA